CUGAAGCCAAGAGAGUAUUUUUAUUUACAGCUGAUAUAAUAAUUAAAUAGUAUUGUUUAAACCGCUUUCCAUUACGUCGAUAUUUACUGUCAUUGUUUGCAAGACUCGUUAAAAGGUUUAUUAAUUUUUGUUUAUUUUCAGGAAUUUAACUAGACUAGACGAAAAGAUUAGGAAUGUUUCCGAACAAGAAGGUACCUGGUAAUGUACUACCACCAGCGAGGAAGCAGAGCCAAGGCUACAUUGAUGAUUUAGCAAAUAAGCAGAAAUUUGAACUGGAGGAACUUUUAGAGAGGCAGAAUAAACUUCUCGCCUGCAAAAAUUUUGUCUCCAAGCUUCCUGAUAAAGGAAAAAGGAUUAAAGACUUUCGUGACAGAAUAUUAAAAGAACUUCAGCACAAAGAUGAAAUUGAGAAAGCGGCCAAUCUGCUGUCGCGACUUAAUAUAGCGUGCGAGGGCAAAGCAGCUAUGACUAAACUGGAAUGGACGGGGAAGUAUGACAAUGAUGUAACCAAAGUUGUUGAAUUGGACAGUGAUGACGAAGAGGAUCCAUUGAAGAUAUUAGCUCAACCUACGGGAGCUGGCGUUCACAAGAAGAAAAUUAUACACGUCGUGUCCGAGGAGAGUCUCAUCAAGCCUGAGGAUCUAGACGAAAUAAAGUCGUUUGAAACAGAUCCUUUGAAUGUACAGCACGUGAGAUACAUCGUCGACAAAGUGGAAAAGGCGCGAGAGACGAAGAGGGAGCCAUUCCGACCGUACAAAACGACUAAGAGUAACGUGCAUGAUCCGAUGAAGGAGAAACAGAGGAAAUUACCAGAAAAUUGGGAAGCCACAGCAGCUACACCACCUCUUAUAGUCCACGGAGCAGCAAAGGUUUUGAGUCUUGAUGAAUCGUUCAGAUUGCAGCAAGAACAAACUGAGAAGCGAAAGAUAGUUCAAGCGAAGUAUGCAAUAGAACGUUUAACUGGUCACAUAGGAACGCACACGAUCGGUCCCGCGCCAAAAAAUGUUGGAAAUUAUCGUAUGAAUGAUUCGUCCCCUUCAUCUUCCUCCGAAGACGAAGCUGACGAAGUGCACGACGAGGAAGAUAACGAUAAAGGCGGUACAGUAGUGUUCACUGUCGAUUCCAUUGAGAGUUGAACAAAAUUUUCGUACAUAUGCACAUAGACCAAUUUUUAAUUGUAAAAUAUUAUAUAUUUUGUUAAUAAAAUUAUAAUAAGACAGAAAG